CAAACUGUAUUUCGAAACCGCAAGGUCCGCAACUUACUGAAAUCCCUGUCCGACCGUGAACCUCAAACUCCCAGCACUGCUUGCUUGCUGGGCGGCUGCAAUGUCUCAAACCCUUAUUCCAACUCCCCCUACUCCGUCACCGUCUUCUUCUUCCUCUUCUUCAUUAUUCUCAAACCUAACAAUUCCACAGUCAUCCCUUCAUUCCAAGCUCCGAAUAUCACAACCCACCCGCGUAAGACCCAUCCGAAGCCGACAACCCAGAUUACUUUCAAGUAGAAACAGUGGCCCCACUGACAAUCCCAGAUGGUCGCUCAGCGGGAUGACCGCCCUCGUUACCGGCGGCACUCGCGGAAUGGGGCAUGCGAUUGUGGAGGAACUGGCGGGCCUUGGGGCGACAGUGCAUACGUGUUGUAGGAAUUCAAGUGAGCUGGAUGUGUGCUUGAGGGAAUGGGAUAAUUUGGGUUUUGGGGUAACUGGGUCAGUCUGUGAUGUGUCAGUUCGAGUUCAGAGAGAGGAGCUCGUGGGGACUGUGUCUUCCGUGUUUGAUGGGAAGCUCAACAUCCUCAUAAAUAAUGUUGGGACAAACAUAAGGAAACCAAUGGUGGAUUUCACAGCUGAGGAAUUCUCUACUCUCAUGUCGACCAACUUCGAGUCUGUUUUCCAUAUAUCCCAACUUGCUUAUCAACCUUUGAAAGCAUCGGGAUUUGGUAGCAUUGUAUUCACGUCCUCUGUAACGGGUUUUCUCUCACUGAAGUCUAUGUCUGUUCAGGGUGCAACAAAAGGAGCAAUCAAUCAACUCACUAAAAGUCUGGCUUGUGAGUGGGCGAAAGAUAAUAUAAGAAGUAAUGCUGUGGCGCCUUGGUACAUCAGAACCUCAAUGGUGGAGCAGGUACUUAGCAACAAAGAAUUCCUAGAAGAGGUGUAUUCUCGAACUCCUCUUGGGCGUCUUGGAGAUCCAAAGGAGGUUUCGUCUCUUGUGGCAUUCCUUUGCUUACCUGCAUCAUCCUAUAUCACUGGCCAGAUUAUUUGUGUUGAUGGAGGGAUGUCUGUCAAUGGUUUCUACCCAAGACAUGGCUAGAAGAGCCAACUUAACCAUUAUGUUGAUUUAUGUUCUCAGAGAUGAGAUGAGAUGAGAUGAGAUGAGUUGAGAUAAGUUAAAUAAAAUAUUAUUAGAAUAUAUUAUUUUUGUAUUGGGAUUUGAAAAAGUUGUAUUGGGAUUUUAUUUUGUAUGAGGAUUUAAAAAUGUUGUAAUGAUUAAGAUGAGAUGAGAUGAAAGUUUUGUGAAAACAAACUAGGCCUUAAUUGACCCCAGCAA